UAUUCGUGACUGCAUCAUCGAAGAAAAAGGGGAAAAAAAUUGGCAGCACUGCAGUGAUGGCGGAAAUUCGCAUAGGUUACGUUUGACGUUACAGUGAUAUUGUGCGUAUCUUUCGUCGAAGACAACGUGUGUCAAUUGCGACACAUGGAUAGAACAAUGUCGGAACAAGCAGCAUUACAAACACAAACGGAAACGAUCUCCGAGGCGGAUGUCAUCGACUCCGGAUCGCAGGAUGUACCUACCGUACGAUUACGUUUACGGAAACCAAAAUCAAACAAAAAGGUCCAGUGGACUAAAGGGACUGUUGAUAAUGAACAUUUAAAUAAGAAAAAAUCAAAAUGUUGUUGUAUUUAUGAAAAACCAAAAACUUUUGGUGAAAGUAGUUCCGAAGAUAGUGAUGAUGAAUGCGAACAUUGUCACGGACAUAAGGAUGCUCAUAAAAAAGUCUUACCCAAAACUGGAAAUGUUGCUCAAGAUGGAAUGUCUUCUCAUCCUGAACCGAUUGCGACAGGUUCAACAUAAGUAUUAUAUUUAUAUGCCCAUUGACAAUUCUGCUAAAUGGAAAAUAAAUUCCUUUAUGUUGUUUCUCAAGUCAGUAUCAUACAAAAGAAAUGACGGAUUGUAGGUAUGCAAACUUUAAAUAUGAUUUUGCACUAAUACAUGUAGCAUUUUUGUCACAAUGCUUUAAUGUCACAUGAAAGAUUAUAAAAUGUUGUCUAAAUUGUUAAUUCUUAUAUAGAUUGUAUGUAAUAUGUCAUGAGAAUAGUAAAUUAUUGAAUAUUCUCUGGAAAAUAAUAAAAUCAUCAUUCCUUAUA